GUUGCUGGGAAAAAAAGAGCAUCAAAGAUACACUCGUGAACACAAAGUCUGGAUGCUUCAGUGGGAAAAGCUGCUUUAACAUAUGAUUCUGCAGACAUGAAGGGGUCCAGUGACAAGCUUUUCUGCUGCAGGUGGAUCCGGGACAGGGUUCCCCUCACCCACAGAGAGGAACUAUACCACAUCUUGAGGAUGACUGGGCCUCUGCUGCUCUCCCGAAUCCUCAGUUUCCUGCUUCCAUUUGUGGUUACGGUGUUCUGUGGGCGUCUGGGAAAUGAAGUGAUGGCCGGCUAUGGGUUAGCUUCUGCUACCAUAAAUGUUACCACUGCAGCAACGGGCUGUGGUCUGGGACUGGCAUGUGAUACUUUAAUAUCUCAGACGUUUGGUGGUAAGAACCUGCUGCGGGUGGGAGUAAUCCUUCAGCGGGGCAUCAUCAUCCUGCUGCUGUUCUGUCUGCCCUGCUGGGGCCUCCUCAUUAACGCUCAGGCUAUUCUGUUAUGCAUGGGUCAGGACCCUGAGGUGACCAGAAUAGCCCAGCUGUAUAUCACCACCUUCCUUCCAGCUGUACCGGCAAUGUUUCUACAUCAGCUUCUAGUGACUUAUCUGCAGAAUCAGGGUAUAAUACUGCCACAAAUGUACACCGCUGCCAUGGCAAACAUAGCUAAUGCGGUGACAAACUACAUCUUUCUUCACUGGCUGGAUCUGGGUGUUAGUGGUUCUGCAGCAGCCAACGCUCUGUCUCAGAUUUACAUCUGUGCUUUUCUGUUUGUAUACCUUUGGUGGAAGAAGCUGCAUGUAACAACAUGGGGAGGCUGGUCUGUAGAAUCGCUGCAGGAGUGGGGCUCCUACAUGAAACUGGCCAUUCCCAGCACAUUAAUGACAUGUUUCGAGUGGUGGGUUUAUGAGUUUGGUGGAUUCUUUGCAGGAAUGCUGAGUGAAGAUGAGCUGGCAGCUCAACAUGCUGUGAUAAUGGUGGCUUUCAUAACCUACAUGUUCCCUCUUGGUAUUCAAGGUGCAGCAUGUGCCCGGGUGGGAAAUGCUCUCGGUGCAGGAGACACUGCAAGGGCAAUCCUCACCAGCAAAAUGUCACUCACUCUUGCUGGUAGCAUCGCAGUUGUUCUUGGUCUCGUGCUUGGCUCCACCAAAUCAGUGAUUGGUUUCAUGUUCACCUCUGACGAGAAAAUUAUAGAUCUUGUCUCCCAUAUGAUGAAUGCCUACUUAUUCCUUCAAUUCUUUGACGGCCUUGUGUGUGUAUGCACGGGCAUCUUCUUGGGCACGGGCAAACAGAAGAUACCAGCUGUGGCUAAUUUCAUUGGAUACUACGGCAUAGGACUUUCAAUGGGUGUUACUUUGAUGUUUGCUGCAAACCUGAGAAUUUUGGGUUGGUGGCUGGGACUGCUCAUUUGUGUCGUCUUACAAUCCACCUUCUACAUCAUUGUCAUCUUCAAGCUGAAUUGGGAGAGAAUGACAGAGGAGGCAGUGAAACGAGCUCAGAAAAAGAUGACAUUAUUAAGCAUCGCGGGUAACAACACUGCUGACCAGACAGCUUGUAAUAGGAGUUCAGUGGACGGCUUCAUGUCUCUGAACACCGGGUACCGUGAUGGGAGCACAGAGACGCAGGGUGGACAUGUGGUCCGGCAGCUGAAGGGUGGCCGUCUCUCCACCACCCAGCUGAUCCUCAGGCGAGGCCUCAUCAUGUUGGCAGCAGUUGCUCUUCUGGCUGUGGGUGUAAGUGUGCACUUCCUCGUGCCCUUGCCAGAACCUCUCCAUUCAAAAACCAACUUUACUUCAGACUGGAUCAAUACUACAUAUACUACUGAUCAAAUUUUCUCCACUGAGCUUGUCCCGAUAGAAGAGUCAGGAUAACCUUGAGGGUCUUGAUCAUAAAAUCAUUGUUUGGGCUCAAUGUCAACAAAACAUUGAAUUUUAGAGUCCACUCUCGUGGACUCACUAUCUGGCAGGUUUAAUGGAGAAAUGAAGUGAAAGAAUGGAUGAACUAAUAUUUUGCCUUGAGAGAUUUUUAUUGUUUGAUCACCGGCAUCUCUGCCUUUUUCCUCGUCUACACUUGUGUCAUAUUGACCUGUGAAGCAUCUCUGCUUGAUACACUGUUUCUACAAUGUUUUUUGCAAGUGAAGAAUGUUUUCACUGGCUCUU